CUCGCUUGUACCUUGGUUACAAUUUUUAAGAAUAAAACGAUAGGGCGUUUUGUACGUUGAUAAUUAUAAUUUAUGCCUCGGUCUUCCUGCGAUUUUCAAUUGGCCGCCAUAAUAUCCGCCUCCUUCACAAAAACCCCACAAAGAAAAACCCUUUAAUAACUACUUUUUGCACUUUCUCUGAAAUUUUCUCCAACUUUCCCGAGAAAAAAAACAUGGCCUUUCGCUCCUCCCUACUACGCCUCAGAUCCCAUCUCCUCCGCUCCACUACCACGAUUAAUGCCAGCAGGCUGUUCCACUUGAAUUCUCCAAUUCUUUCAACAAUAAAAUCAGAACGCUUGAUUCUCUCCCCUGUUUCAGAUCUCCGCACAAUCUCUACCGAAUUUCCUUCACUUUUCGGUCCUCGAUUCUUCUCCACCGUUCGCCGUCAGCCCACCCGGUCAAAGACCGUCGACAUAGGGGCCCGAGCCCGUCAACUCCAAACUCGCCGCCUAUGGACAUACGCUUUAACGUUCAGUUGCAUCGCGGGUUUUAUCGUUAUCGUUCUAAACAACUUUCAAGACCAAUUAGUCUUUUAUGUGACGCCAACAGAUGCAAUGGAAAAAUACAAAGAAAAUCCACAAAAGAACAAAUUCAGAUUAGGUGGUUUAGUUCUCGAAGGAAGUGUAGUUCAACCUGCUUCUUCACCAGAAAUGGAGUUUGUGAUUACAGAUUUGAUCACUGAUAUUUUAGUAAGGUAUCAGGGAUCGCUACCGGACUUGUUUAGAGAAGGACAUUCCGUGGUCGUGGAAGGGUUUGUGAAACCAUUCACAGAGGAAUUAAAGAAGGAGGUCGGCGCAAAGAGCGUUUCAGGGAAAGCGAGGAGCAUAGACUGUUACUUUUCGGCUACAGAGGUUUUAGCUAAGCAUGACGAGAAGUAUAUGCCUAAAGAGGUGGCAGCAGCAAUUGAGAAGAAUAAGAAAUUAAUUGAGGCUGGCGAAGAAAUUAAAGAGGAAGCUGGGUGAACUAAACUAAUUGGUAAGCUUCCAAUUUUGAUUAAUGAUAGUUGAAGGCAAUGGAUUAAUGGAUACCCAUUUUUUUUAUUGUAAUGCUUUGUCUGAAGUCACACAUUUAUAUGAAGGAGGAGAGAGAGGUCAUAAUUGGGUGCUUAUAGAAAUUGUUCUUAUAAUUUUUUAGGUCAAAGAUACACAAUUGAUUUUAUGGAGAGAUAAUUGGACCAUUUGGCAUCUACAUUUCGUGUUUCUGAUGUUGUAAUCCCAUAUUCAUUCAUGAACUGACAUUGCAGUUAAUUUAGAAAUGAAUAAUUCUUCCAAUUAAUAGCCAUAAA